AUGUCCACACUUGAGACUUUAAAUCUGAACUUCAAUUCGAUAGAGGGUCGAAUCCCAGAAGUGAUUGGAAGUCUUAUAAACCUUAGAGAAUUAAACAUAAGGGGAAACAGGCUCAUAGGUUCCAUUCAUCUGUCACUCUCGAAUGCCUCGAGGUUGGAGACUUUAGAUAUAUCUUCUAAUUCACUUCAAGGAAACAUUCCAGAAGGGAUCGGCAAUCUUCACAACAUGAAGUUGUUGGGCAUACAAGAUAAUCAACUUACGAUUUCUAUACCUUUCAGAAUUUUCAAUAUCUCAAGAAUUGAAGUCAUUGCAUUUACAGGCAAUAGUUUAUCAGGAUAUCUUCCCAAUGGUUUAUGCAAUGGUCUCCCAAUACGCAAAGGGCUUUAUUUAUCCACAAACAAGCUUCAUGGUCAUAUUUUCACAAGCUUAUCAAAUUGUUCACAACUUCAAAUUUUGUCUUUAUCGGAAAAUGAGUUUGAUGGACCAAUACAUAGUGAAAUUGGAAGACUGAGUAACUUGCAGCAAUUGGAUAAUUCCAUUAGACUAGUUAAUCUCACAAGUCUUUCUUCAUGUGUUUCCAGAUAUUUAAGAUUUAUCGGACUAACUUUGAACCCUAUAAAUGGAGUGCUUCCAGUCUCCACAGGGAAUAUAUCCACUUCUCUUACAGAUUUUUUUGCCGACAGUUGCAAAAUCAAAGGGCGAAUUCCUAAUGACUUUGGGAACUUGAGCAACUUAAUAGACUUCUCCCUUUCGAAAAAUGAUUUGGUUGGAUCAAUUCCCACAUCAUUCGAAAACUUGAGAAACCUUCAGCGCCUUAACUUGAAUAACGAUAAACUUACAGGAGUCGUUGGUGAUAUUCUUUGGAAGUUGCAUGAUCUUGCCUUAUCGUCAAACAACAUAGUUGGUACUUUACCUCCAGAAAUUCGAAAUCUAAAGGCUGUGACACAGAUGGAUAUGUCAAUGAAUCAAUUUUCAAAUGGAAUUCCAAGACAAAUUGGAGGAUUGCAAAAUCUGGUACACCUUUCUUUGAGAAACAACAAGUUGCAAGGAUCUAUACCUGACUCAAUGAGCAACAUGGUAGGUUUGGAAUUCCUAGACCUUUCUCGUAAUAAUAUAUCCGGAAACAUUCCUAAGUCUUUGGAGAAGCUUCAAAACAUGAAGUAUUUCAAUGUUUCUGUAAACAGAUUGUAUAGAAAAGGUAAAAAAGCUCCUCAACAAGUUGAUUCUUUGUCUGCCAUUACAAGAAAAAGAAUUUCAUACUAUGAAUUGAUCCAAGCAACUGAUGCACUUAGCGAGAGUAAUCUGAUUGGUUCUGGAAGUUUUGGCUCUGUUUACAAAAGGUAUUCUCAGAAGUGGAACUGCCAUUGCAGUUAA